UUGUGCUUUAACCAAGUGUCCUACACACAAACACAUUUCGAUAACCAUGAGUUUCAACGAUUACAUCGUCGCUUCCAACAACUCCAUCAACGAGAACAAGCUCAACGCCAAGAAGGGCAAGAGCACCAUGUACCAGUUCAAGAAAAUCACCAAGAGCUUUUUGCAAGCUCUCAAGAAGAACAACAAGAACACGUACAAGAAAUCGCCAGAGCCGACCUUCUACAAUGAUGAGUACGACAGCGAGAUCGACGACAACUGCGCCAACGAGAUCCUCGAAAACGAAAUUUUCGAAGACAUCGACUCCUGCGAAGAGUUCUCCGGCGUCCAGGUUUACCAAGGCGACAACAUGGAUGUGGUGCCAGUCUACAGAGGUCAAAGAUACAUCCCAGUUCACUUCGCCAGAACCGAUGCCGGUACCUUCUUCUGGUCUUCAAUGAUCACAGCCGACGCUGAUAUCAACACUAUCGGCGACGACAACGCCAUUUGCCAAUAUCAGAAGCCGGAGAUGCAGGUCGAUAGAUGGGCCCAAGCUUAAGUUAACGAGUCUGGACUUGCCUGCAUUCAUCUGUGAUUCUCACCGAUACUUUAAUUGAUUGUGAUCAUUUUGCUCAAUUUUUAUGACUGAUUGUCUUGUGAUAUUUUAUAUGUAUAGAAUUGUAAUGAUUUUUUUAUUGCUGCAUUCGUGUAGCUGUGAUACGAGCUUUAAUUGUUUUUAUUAAUUGUAAUGUGUCUUCCUUAGCU